AUAUGGCAAGGUGAAGAUCUAUCAGAAUGCUUUCGAGAAGUGUAUUUGAAUAAAUUGAUUCCACUAUUGGCAAUAACGAUAUCUACUCUGAUUCUAGUCGCACAUUGGACAUCAAGAAGGAGGAGGAAAGCUUCUUCUGCUAGGCGAAUCGCUCAAUUGAAUCCAGAAGCGUCAAAUAUACGACUUGACGAUGUGCAGUCCAGUAAUGAAUCAAGAUCGGCAGGACGUAGCACUCUGUCCAAAAUCUUGACUACAAUAAUGCCUUUAAAUGGAUCAAGAUUGGCUGAUAGGAUACAAGGAGUCUCACGUCCAAAAAGACGAACGACUGGCUUAAAUCGGUAUACUGAACCUGCCGGUUCCUCAACAAAUACAGAACGACCUGGUGAUCCUAAUUCGACAGCAUCUACACAAGUCUUCCGCACAGAGAAUGCAGUAAUCUUCAAUGAAGUUCAUCGUGUCUUGCGUCAAAAUUUACGUGAGAAUACAGGUCGAAACCUGCUCUCAAGCGAAGCUAUUGAAAAGUUUAAGAGAUCUUGGGAGCUUUUAGGGUCUCUGGCUGCUUUGGCUGUUGCUAUUGCAAGCUUCGUGCUCACGAAAGAGCGUGCAAGUUGGAUCAUUUUGUGGACUUUCUUGAGCUUGUUGAGCUUGUUCACUGUGGUUCGUCGUAAUUCAUUGUUCAAACACAAGGUUUUCCUCUUCUCUGUUGCGUUCAUUAUCGCAGCAUGGGAGCUUCGUUCAUCUUUGAUCAAUCACAAUGCAAGACGAUUAGACAUCAUACUAUCAGCGGUCUACACAGCUGCAUGCGGAUUCGCUUUGAUUCCAUCAUUGACAUUUCCAGUUCAAGCACGUUUACCUUUGCAAUUGCGUGCUAUUCAAGAAACAACACAAGCAGAUCCUCUCAUUGCUGAGGCAAGAACAGCAAUUCCAACGCCACGUCGUGGUGGCUCUCCGAGAGAAUCGAUAGGAGGUCUUCAAGCCGCUUUAGAACAAGCAAAUGCAGAUCAAGCCAAAGAGAUCCAACCUCUACUUCCGGCACCAGAAUCUCGCGCAUCGCUCUUAUCAAAAGCAUUCUUUGAAUUCUUGACGCCUGCAAUGUUGAAGCAUUACAAAGUUCAAUUCACACUCGAUGCUGUUCCUGAUGUUCCUCCUGGAAGUCACGCAGCUUCUGUCGUGGCUGCAUAUAGAUCGCAAAACGAUACAAAGGCACGCAAUUUGGAGCAGAAAGAAGAUACCCCUUUACUACCAAGCGAAGAUGGAAGACAGGCUGGCUUGCCUCACUCUAGAGCAUCUCUUACGAUCAGACUCGUGCGUCACUUUGCUCCAUUGGUAGCUGCUCAAAUGGUUUGGGCCGCAAUACAAGGCUUUGCCUCUUUAACAGCGCCUUUGGCGAUCAAAUUAAUCCUAAGCUACAUAGCAGAGAGGUCGCAUGGAAAACAUUCUACGCCUCUCCAUAUGGCUGUCUUGUAUGCAGUCUUUUUGCUUAUAGGAGGAUUGAUUGAGACUGUCUCAGCAUCUCAAGGUCUUUUCAUUGGUCGUCGUUUAUGCAUUCGUGCUCGUGCGAUUCUUAUAUUUGAGAUCGUCAACAAAAGUUUACGAAGACGCGAUACAGGAGGAGGAGCAGCAAAGGAGGAUAAGGAUGAGAAGAAAGACGAUGGAAAAGCAAAGGGUACCGAUGCAGAGGAGAAAGAAGAUGAUGAAAGCAAAAGAACUUCAGAUGGUGAAGUAACAAAUCUGGUGGCGGUUGACGUAUUCCGGGUUUCUGAAAUUGGAGCUUAUAUCCAUUUCAUCUUUCCCUUGUCUCCAAUUCAAAUCGUUCUUUGCGUAGCUUUCUUGCUUCAAUUGUUAGGUCUUUCUGCUCUAGUUGGAAUUGCAGCCAUCGUCAUUGCAAUCCCUCUGCAAAUCGCUGCCGCCAAGUAUUUCACCAAAAAGCAAGCAAAGAUGUUGAAAGCAAUUGAUGAACGUUUGAAUUUGGCAAACGAGGUGUUGACUUGCAUCAAAACAGUCAAAUUCUUUGCAUGGGAAAAGCCAUUUGAGAAGCGAAUGGGUGAAACACGAGAGAAGGAGUUGAAAGCACUGCGGGAACGCUUUAUUGCUGGACUUCUGAGUUAUUUGCUCUACCUAUCUCUGCCUACGGUUGUCACAAUGAUCACUUUUACAGUUCACACUUUGGUUCUCAAGCGUCCAUUACCUGCCGAAACUGCCUUUACUGCUUUGGCUUUGUUCAAUUCUUUGAGAAAUCCGCUCGAUGCUUUGCCCGAUAUGUUGGUCAAUGUUCUCUCAGCAGUCGUCUCCUUAAAGCGCAUUGACAAAUUCUUGCGCGAAGAAGAAACAUCAAAAUACGAUCAACUGCUUCCAAGCAACAACGACUCAGCUCUCGUCACAAACCCAACUGCCCCCCUCGGAUUCUAUAAGGCAACCUUCACAUAUAGCGAGGAAGAUGAAAAAAUUGCCGACGGAAGCGCAUUCUGUCUUCGCGACAUAGACAUUCGUUUUCCUCGUGGUGAAUUGACAAUUCUUGCUGGACCGGUUGGAAGCGGUAAGACAACUGUCUUGCUCAGUCUCUUAGGUGAAACGAGACGUUUGUCCGGUCGUACUUUUAUGCCUUGUGCGAUCGCACGUACACUCGUGCCCAUCGAUCCUAAUACUGGUCUCUCAGAAACGGUUGCUUAUUGCCCACAAAGUCCUUGGCUUCUGGGUGCAACAGUCAAGGAAAACAUCUUGUUUGGACAACCAUACGAUGAAAGGAGGUAUAGAUCAGUGAUCAAGGCAUGUGCUUUGGAACCAGACUUGGAGAUUUUGGAGUACAACGAUGAGACAGAAGUAGGCGAAAAGGGUACAGCUUUAUCCGGUGGACAAAAAGCUCGAGUUGCUCUAGCCCGCGCAAUCUAUUCACCUGCUCGUUAUGUUUUGUUGGACGAUGUUUUGAGCGCAGUGGAUAAUCAUACAGCCAAACAUCUUUAUCGACAUUGCUUGAAAGGUGCAUUGAUGAAGGGUAGAACGGUCAUCAUGGUGACACACUCUGUAGCCCUUUGUCUACCCGGAGCAGCUCUUGCUGUUGCUUUGAAAGAUGGUAGAGUACUUGCUUCCGGUACAGGAGCAGAGAUGCAGCUAAGAGGCGUCUUUGAUCAGGAUGGCGGGAAAUCAGGAACUCAAACACCACAACGCAGCACAUCAGGAGCCCAAGCGAAGCAAGAAGCAGCAGAAGCGGCAGAGGAAGGACAGACGCUCACUGUUGAAGAUCUCACAGAAGAGGCUAGAGCAUCACAAGAAGCUGAUAAGAAAGCCAAACAAGAGAAGAAAGCGCUUCAUGCCAAUAUCGAAACAUACGGUAAAGGGAGCGUUGGAUUCAAAGCAUACAAGUUAUACGUCUAUAAUUUUGCUACGACAAUGUCAGGAUUGAUCUUCUUUUGGAUCAUUUACAUCUUCUUUUUCGCUUCCAGUCGAAUUACAGAUGUGGUAAAUGCUAAUUGGCUGCGUCAAUGGGCAUCAACAUACGAAGAAUCAGCCAAGAACUUCUUCACUAUGGAUUCAUCAGAAGAGAGAACACGCUACUUCCUCACGAUUUACGCCAUCUUGGCAAUGACGUACGUAUUUUGCAGUAUCGCAAGAGAUGGUGUGGCAGUGUAUGGUUCUUUACGGGCUUCACGUUUGAUCUAUGAGAAGCUCUUGCGUACGAUCGUUCAUGCAAAGCCACAGUGGUUCGACCGUACACCUUUAGGUCGUAUUAUGAACAGAUUGAGCAAAGAUGUCGAAACGAUUGAUCAAGAUAUUACGAUGUCAUUAAUCUUCUUCAUUGACGUUUGUUUGCAGAGUAUUGCAAUUUUGCUCGUCGCUUGCUUCUCACUACCAAUCUUCACCAUCUUGGCAGUGGUGAUCAUCAUCCUCUAUUGGAUCGUUGGUGCACUUUAUAUUGCCUCUUCUCGUGAUCUGAAACGGUUGGAAAGUGUGACAAGAUCGCCAAUCUUCACCCUUGUGGGAGAAGUAUUGACGGGAGCAGUCGUCAUUCGUGCUUAUGGAGACGCAAGUAGAUUCACCCGACAUUGUUUACGUUUGAUCGAUAAGACAAAUAGGCCAUUCUACUUUUUGUGGGGUGAAAAUCGAUGGUUAUCGAUCCGAAUGGACGUUUUAGCGCUCAUCACUUCAUUCUCGGUUGCAAUCUUUAUGGUGCUGGACAAAGAAAUUGAUGCACCUUUAGCCGGUUUCACACUUUCUUUCAGUAUCCAAUUGGUCAAUGCUGUUCUCUGGGUUAUGCGUAUGUAUACCCAAGUGGAAAUCAAUGCGAACAGUCUCGAAAGAGUUGGAGAAUACCUAGCCGUUGAAUCUGAACGAUUUGGUCAAGGUGAAAAACCAGAUGAGGCUUGGCCAUCAAGAAAAGGAGCGAUUGAAGUGGAAGACUUGUCGGUACGUUAUUCAUCCGAGCUACCUCUUGUUCUGAAGAACGUCUCUUUCCGUAUCGAAGCUGGCGAAAAAGUGGGCAUUUGUGGAAGAACUGGAAGUGGAAAGAGUAGUCUGGCUUUGGCGCUUUUCCGAUUCUUGGAAGCGGAAACUGGUCGAAUCGUCGUGGACGGUAAAGAUUUGAGCAAUGUGGCUUUGGAAGAAAUUCGUAAAAGAUUAACAAUCAUUCCGCAAGAAGCACAAUUGUUCUCUGGUACCGUUCGCUUUAAUUUGGAUCCUUUUGGCAAUUUCGAUGAUGAAGCUUUAUGGGAUGCAUUAAAACGGUGCAAGUUGGCUAAACCUCGAUUCAGCGGAUCAAAGGAGCUAAAUGAUACCAACAAUAACGAAUCGCCUUCCUCUCCUAAUGAUGAUCCAAACGAUAAAACGAAUGAUGUCAUCACUUCUCUUGAUAUGCCGGUGGAACAAGGAGGAAAGAACUUCUCAGCUGGACAACGUCAAUUAUUAGCUCUAGCUCGCGGGUUGUUGAAAUUGAGCAAUAGCAAUAUCGUUUUAUUAGAUGAAAGUACGGCAAGUUUAGAUGCAACAAGUGAUGCCGCCGUUCAACGUACUAUUCGACAAGAAAUGCAAGAUGCAACUCUUUUGGUGGUAGCACAUAGAAUUCGCGGAAUCGUUUCGUUUGAUAAAGUUUUGGUUCUUGAUGCCGGAAAGAUGAUCGAAUUCGAUAAGCCAAGCAAAUUAUUACGUACUACAGGAAGUGCAUUUAGAGAUUUAUGCUUACGAAGUGGCGAAUUUGAUCUGUUGGUGGAGAUGGCAGAUGAAGCCGAUCGUGAAAGGGCA